CUUGCGCUUGCACACAGUCCUCUUCGCAUAAGCUCCCCGCUCCAAGAUGGAAUCGGAGGACGGGUACGCCUCGGCGGGCUCCGCCUCCUCCUCGGUCGACUUCGAUUUGCGCGCGCUAACGUGCACGGAGGAGGAGAUGGACAGAUUCCUUGGCCCGCGGCCCCCGCGGCAGAACCUUCCACCUCUGAGCCGGGACCAGCUCCCCCCGGGGGUGGUCGCGUCGCUCGGCGCGGCGAGCGCGGCACCCGCGCUGCCCGGCCUGGACGCGCUUGUGCAGCCCUUCGUUGAGGGGCCUGUGCAGGCAGUGCCCACCACCGUGCUGUUUGCGGGCGGCUCGGACAACUUCAUCCUCGCGAGCGGCGCGGGCGGGCUUGCGGGCGCGCUGGCGGAAGGCGCCGCCCUCGCGAACCCGACAGCCGGCACCGUCAUCGACACCGACGGCCAGGCCGACGCGCUCCAGGCCACGAUGCUCGCCGAGGCGGCCGCCCUAGCGGCGUCGGCCGACCUUCCGCUGCCCGCGGAUCCGGCGUUCCCUCCGCCAGCGGCCGAGACCUCAGAGGGCGAGCUGCUCGCCCCGCUGAUCCCGCCGCCCUCGAUGGCGGCCCACCCGCCCGACACCGCCUCGGACGCCUCCUCCGCCUCGGACGCCGACCAGCCGCCGCUCGAUGACUUUGCCGCCGCGUCUGCCGACGAGUCGACGACUGAGGGAGACGUCGCGGCGGCGCUGGCGCAGCCGCUGCUGCAGCCGGCCGAGAGGAGGCCGGCGGGCGCGGCGAGGGAGGGGCAGCGGGCAGACUCGCCGCCGAGCCGCGCCCGGCCGCUCAACCAAGCGGCGGACCGGCUGCGCCGGCGCGGCAACAUCUCCUUUAACCGCGGCUCUCUCGGCCGCGCCGCGGGCUUCUACACGCAGGCGAUUGCGCAGGAGCCGGGCCAAUAG